GAUCUAACCAUUUUGUUUGUUUUGUUUUGUUCUGUUUGGCUCUCGAUUCUAUUUUCUCGUAGAAUAUAUCAAGCCGUGUUUAUAAACAUAAACAGCCCUACCUACCAUUCCAACAUCAAUCUUAUCUUGUUGCUUUUCUAGCCUCUCUAGCUUUUCCAUUAUAUUUCACUGUGCGAGCGCACUCUUGAUCAGCCUUUGUGAUUUUCCUCGGUGAAUUGUUGAGCUUGCUUCUCCUCGAUAGUCAUUGAUUGAUAUCCGCCAUGGACGUUGCUAAGAAGUUGAUACCGUGGGCGAUGCCACUUCUUCUAGUUAUUUUGACUGCUGUAGCUGGCUAUGCCUACUCCCAAAUCCGCGCCCUCUCCCUUCCUAUUUCCCAAGCUCUCGCGCUGUUCACCGUCGUUCUGCCGCUCGUCACUGGAAUAUCUACACAAGGUGCCGUUGGAUUGAUCCAGCGAGCGAACAAGAAGGAGCAAAAUCAACUCACGCUGCCCCUAAUUGCUGUUAUUGGUUUCCAGUUGGUCUACGAAACUAUUGUCGCUACUCUCGCCCUGACAUAUAUGAUACCACCAAAAUCGUUACAUUGUGGGUUGGAAGAUGCAUGGCAUAGUCUGUUCAGUUCAAAAGACGAUAGAAAGAUAAGCGCAAUUCAAGACGCGUUGAAUUGUUGCGGUCUUCGUUCUCUGGCUGACAUGGCCUCGCCGAUCAAGAAUCCCAAGGGCCCUGGGAGUUGUGCGGCUUUGACGAAUCGCUCGCAAAGCUGUUUAGGCCCCUGGAGACAAGCGGAGCAGAUAAAUGCUGGCCUACUUUUGCUUGUAGCCAUCGUUAUUUUCACCAUCAAGGUGAUUUCUAUCACAAAUCUGCUUACCACCUCCUUCUGGAGACGCUCGCACUGGUCUCGAUCCAUUCACGGCGUAACGAGUGGUGAUACGGAAGCGCCAGAAGAAGACAACAGGGCAGAAACAAGACGGUUGAUCGAGGAAGGUGAUGAUGAUGAAGAAUCUUACCGUGAUGAACCCACUCAAGGACGCCUCUCGGGGUUGAAUGGCUCGGGCCAUGGCCAAGGACCAAGAGUCGAGCCUUCUCGCUUGUCACAAAACUAUUAGGCAAUCUCAAUAUUUCAAGCAUACAAUAAGCUUAAGAAUGAGAUGCAUGAGGCUCAACAAGAAUCCUAGUAUCCCGGUCGAUGAUCUGGGGCGUUUAUCUCCACUUGGGGCAGUUUCUGGGUUGUGAAAGAUGAUUGGGGCGGAUCUGGGAAAAGCGUGAAGGGCGAGAACGAAAAAGAGCUGACGAUGAUAUUGAGAGACAUAUUUUCUGGUUUUUGGUUGUGACGUGAUAUGAUCAGAUGGCGCUAUUUACAUUUAACCUUUCAUUUUAUCCUACAAUACAAGGGCAUCUCGAUACACGCACUCGAAACACUUCACUUGGGGCGUAAUCAAAAUCGGUACUUUUAUCCUGACGGUUCUGAUAUGAAUCCUUGCACCUACAUGAUGCUAACCCCAAACACGUGAUUAAGGGCAAAUGAUUAGGCUCUGUGAGGAAGGUAUCUAGAUACGACGAGUACUCCGUAGAAGAAGUAUCGAAAGGCCGCUGAUGGGGCCAUUGGAGAGAUAGACAAACAAACUUGAAAUGACAAUUUUAUUUUUGGUAUAAAUACCCA